AUGACAAACAUAUGGACAGAUAGUGGAAUCGACAUUAAAAUGAUAACGAGUGAUGCUGUGACUAACGACAAACAAUCAGAGACUAGCAGCAGUGAUUGUCGUGAUAAGGCGGACGAAAGAUGCAAAUCGGCUGUGGUGACAACCUUAUCAGAUGAAGAAUUUCAACGUCUACAAGAGCAGUUGCUUGAAUUGAAGAAUCGAAACUACGAGCUGAUUGAGGAAAAUAAACGACAGCAAAACUAUAUCAAUGCACUUCCAUCAAGGACAACAACUAUCGAUUCGUUGAAUUUUGCUACGAAGGUUCCAUUUUCGAUUGCGAUUGACUUAUCCAAGGUUUUCAAGGGUUUGCAAUUGAUCGGCCGAAGAAAGGACAGAGAAGGUGUGAACGAGAAAUUAGAACAUGAAAUACUGAUACUCAGAAGCAAGCUUUCCUCUCAGGAAGAGGAAUUCCGCCUACAACAAUCCACUCUUCUUUCUGAACUCAACAAGGUAAUUUCGCAAUGUGAAUCCUUAGAAAAUGAGUUGAAGCAAAAGAAUGCAAAUUCUAACGAACCUAAAGGAACACUGCCUUCUAAUGCAGAACUCUCCCAACCAACCACGAACAGUGACAAUGCGAAAGCUCAAGCUGAUAAAAUUGUUGCUCUACAAGGUGAAAUUACUCACUUCAAAGCUGUGCUGGCAGAGAAGGAUGCUCUCUGUGCAGAUAUUGAAGCAUUGAGAAAAGACUUGAUGGCGUCUAGAAAAGAUUGCGAACAGCAGCUCGCAGAAUCGAAGAAACAAUUGUUUGAAGCCAUGCAAAGAUUGGAGGACGCACAGCGAUGUAAUGCUGAUCUGGAAGUUUCUUUGAAAACGAAGAACGAUGAAAUUAUUCGUCUUAGCAGUUCACUUCAAGAGGCUGAAAAAAAUGUGGAACUGGAAGAGAAGAAUACAGAAACGAUCUGCUCAUUGACGGAGGCGGUCGAUAAACUGAAUAAAGAGUGUGAUGAACUCAGAAAGACUCAUAAAGAAGAUGUCGAUGCUAAAGAUGAACUGUCGAACGAAGUGGCAGCGCUGAAAGCAAGUCUGCAUCAUUCAGAAGUUACAUGGAAGAAGAGCCUUGAUAACCUGAAAUCUGAGGUGAGCAAAUCUGAGCGUAACGAUUAUAGUUGUCUUAUCUUUUGUUACUUCCACAAAUACGGAUAA